GAGAAGAGAGAGAGAGAGAGAGAGAGAGAGAGAAGAGAAGAGAGGAACCAUAGAAAACUCAGAAACCCUAACAGAGAGGAGAAGAGAAGCGAAGAGAAGAUACUCCGAUUGCAUUCUAAGAUCUCGAUUGAUUAAUCGUGUCGCUAAUUCCAAGGAAUCCGGCACCGAAGCAUGGCAAACUCCAAGAGUUCAUCAAAUAUGAGAAAUCUGAUGUAUUCCGGAAAGCAUCCUUUGCUUCCUCCCAAAAGUCCAUUUCCUAGUGUUUCCCCAUCAUAUGCAGAUUAUGUCUUUAGUCCUGCAAUAGGAUCAAAAACUAUUCAGAAGCCUAGAGAGGGAAAUGCACACCACCAACGGACUUCCUCAGAGAGUCUUCCUAUAGAGGAGCAACCGUCUUGGCUUGAUGAUCUCCUUAACGAGCCAGACACACCUAUACGCAGAGGCGGCCAUCGUCGUUCUUCAAGUGACUCCUUUGCAUAUGUAGAUGCAAUUAAUGUUUCCAACAUCGAGUUUGCUGCUCAAGAAGAGUACAAAUAUAAUAAUAUGUUUUCUGCACCCUCCUGGGGUACUCAAGACUUUGACCCUCAGACAGAUUUAAGACAUGCUUCAUUAUACACUGAACUGAACUUGGUGAAGCAGAAGAACAAGGCUUGGGAGUCUUCUGUGGGUGCCAUUACUAACCCAAGAAGCCUUUCUUCUGUCAAGGAUAACAUUGUUCUUCAUAGUUCAGGAUCUUUAUCUAAUCCACAAGAAGCAGAUGGGGUUGUCUCUACAGCCAGUGAAAAGCAAGAUCAGAUUGAAUCUGGACCACAUGAUGCUAAAGCUUCCUCUGAGAAAAAGGACAAUUCCAAUGCUAAACCAUAUGCAUCCGAGACAGAUGCAAAACGCGCAAAGCAGCAAUUUGCUCAACGUUCACGGGUUCGGAAACUUCAAUACAUAGCUGAGCUGGAGAGAAAUGUGCAAGCUUUACAGGCAGAAGGGACUGAAGUUUCAGCUGAGCUUGAAUUUUUAAACCAGCAGAAUCUAAUUCUGAGCAUGGAGAACAAAGCUCUCAAGCAGCGAUUAGAAAACAUAGCACAGGAGCAACUUAUUAAAUAUUUGGAGCAAGAAUUGUUGGAGAGGGAGAUUGGGAGGCUAAGAGCAUUGUAUCAGCAGCAGCAACAACAGCACCAACAGCAACAGCAGCGACCUUCUUCUAGUCAUAGACGUAAUAACAGCAGAGACCUUGAUUCUCAAUUUGCUAACCUCUCUUUGAAACACAAGGAUGCAAAUGCAGGCCGUGACCCUGUCACUGGUGCACUUCGCAUUUAGAUGUGUUGUCAAGCCAGAGCUGUUGUGUUUUAUCUCUACUUUCCAUUGAUGUUGCCAUCACCUGCCUGACCAUGUUUGUUGCUUCUCUUUGUGCGGGACAAGGCCGAGCUAUCCCAUUCUUGGCGCCCUCCCUUUCUUCUCACUUUGUGUAAUUUGAUUUUCACUGUUUAUUGUCCUUCUCUGUUAAGUUAAUGUCCGUGCACCUGGUAGUCAUUGCCCAAAGUAGUUCUACUUGGGGCAGGCGACUUACCGGAGGUGGUAACUCAGAAAAGGUUCAGUACUUCAAUCUUUAUUGUAUGUCUUAAUUAGUCAUAUGAUUCAUAAGUGUUGCAUAAUUCAUUUCUUGCCCAUUUCGACAUAGUACAGUGAUUGGGCUGAAUGGAUAUGCAAGGCAUUAUGAUAGGAAUGUGUACUUCUGUAAAAUGUUAUAAAUGAAAUCCGUGGUUUCUUUGAUUU